AUGCCAGUAGAUACACAUAAACCCACAAUGGACGGUACUCUCUUCAUAUUUUACGACCUCGAGUGUACACAAGAAGAGGUUAUGCCUGACGGUACUCAUCGUCAUAACUGUAAUUUGUGUGUGUUUGAACAACACAGUGCACUAUGUAUAGGUACAGAUAUAAAAUGGUGUGAUUGUGGUGUUAGAUACCAAGUUCUAAAAAUAGACCCCGUUGCUCGUUUUAUGGAAUAUGUAUUAAACCAGCGCACUCUAUUCAAGAAAAUCAUCGUAGUUGGUCAUGCAGGUGGACUCAACGAUAAUCAGGUUAUGUUAAAUCAUAUAAUGACAAAGACAGAUCUCACACCUGAACUAAUUACACGAGGAACAAAACUAUUACAAUUAAAAGUGGACGAGGAAGAGGAUGCUAGAAAUCAACUUAUAUCCUGGCACAAAGGUCUCUCUGAGCAAAACUACGUUUUUGAUUUCCAAAAAGAAAUCAUAGCGUACUGCAUUGACGACGUCAGUAUUCUCGCUCGCUCAUGCUUGAAAUUCAGAGAUUUGCUUUUAAAAGAAGGAGGGGUGGAUCCUUUUACAGAAGCUAUUACUCUACCCGGGGCGUGUAAUAAGAUAUUCCGCAGAAAUUUUUUGAAGCCAAAUACCAUCGGUCUGAUUCCAAAGAAUGGCUAUAGGUGUCGGGAUAAACAAUCAAAGAUAGCAAUUCAAUGGCUGAUUUGGGAAGAACGGCAGAGAGGUAUAAAAAUAGAACACGCAUCUCGGGGCAGAGAAGUUGUUAUUAACGGUCUUAAGUUGGACGGGUACUGUAAUAUCACACGAGAAGUCUUUGAAUUUGAGGGUUGUUACUUUCAUGGGUGUCCAAAAUGUAUUAAAUACAAACGUGGCACACCUACCUAUGAGGAUCCAUCCCUCACAUAUGAACAACGUUACGAAGCAACCUCGGCAAAAAAUGAAAAACCUCUCUUUUCACAAACACCUCUGGAGCCUCGUGACGCUUUUUACGGUGGGCGAACAGACGCCACAAAAUUAUAUUAUUCUUGUAAGGAAGGGGAGAAAAUAAAUUAUCGGGAUAUUUGCAGCCUCUAUCCGUACAUAAACAAAUAUGGAAAAUACCCCAUAGGUUACUCAGAGGUUUAUGUGGGAGAAGCAUGUUAUGCUUUAGAUCUAAAGACUACAAAUGGAUUAAUUAAAUGUAAAGUGUUACCACCUACAAAUCUCUAUCAUCCCGUUCUUCCAUAUAAAACAAACAAUAAAUUAAUUUUCCCUCUAUGCCGUACUUGUUAUGAAAAUAUGUUAAAGGAAGAGUGUAGUCAUGCGGACGAAGAGCGUGCAAUUACGGGGACUUGGGUAAUGGACGAGGUGACAGAAGCUUUGGAAACAGGCUAUAAAAUAUUAGAUAUAUAUGAAAUUUGGGAAUAUGAAACUGUACAGUACGAUCCUUCCACAAAGUCUGGCGGUCUUUUUGCUGAAUAUAUUUCUAAAUUUUUAAAAAUAAAACAACAAGUUAGCGGGUGGCCUCCAGAGUGUAAGACUGAUGAAGACAAAAAGAUGUAUAUAAAAGAAUAUUUUGACAGAGAGGGAGUAGAGCUAAGCCCCGAUGAAAUUGCGUACAAUUCUGGGCGUAGACAAGUCGGCAAAUCUAUAAUUACUAGCUUCUGGGGAAAACUUGGACAAUUAGAGAACCAGAGCAAAUGUUCUAUUGUUAAUGACCCAGCAGAACUAUUAGAUAUUCUGUCACAGCCUUACAAAGAAGUUAACCAUAUAUUCCCAGUUAACGAGAACACUCUCAUCGUUAACUGGUCCUUUAAAGAUGAGGCAUACACUUCUCUACCGACCGUAAAUGUUUUUUUGGCAGCCUUCAUGACCGCACAUGCUAGACUAAAACUAUAUUCAUAUCUCGAGAAACUAGGUGAUAGAGUAAUGUACCACGAUACUGAUUCUGCUAUCUACGUCUCGCGCCCUGAAGAUACGUAUGAAGUACCCAUUGGAAGCUAUCUCGGCGAGAUGACGGACGAGCUAGCUGAAUACGGUGAGGGGAGUUAUAUUACAGACUUUGUCUCUGGCGGCCCUAAGCUCUAUGUUUAUAGGGUUUAUUCAACAGAUAAAGAUAAAACCAUUGAUAUUAUAAAAGUUAAAGGGAUAACACUUAAUUAUAGCACACAUAAACAAGUAAAUUUCGAUAAAUUAAAAAAUAUGGUCCUUAACGAUGCCACCGAAGGGUACGUAACUACUCGAAAUAUAUUAAGAAAUACCAUCCAUUCUGUCGUCACCAAAGAGGUAACUAAAGUAUUCCGCACCACUUUUACUAAACGGAAACGAAUUGAAAACUAUGACUCUGUUCCUUAUGGAUACAAACGGCAAUGCAUCUAG